ACUACCUCGACAUCCACUGCCGCAUCCUUCAAGCUUGACGGCUGCGUGCAACGCGAUCUGUUUAUCUGUCUCACUCCAACCUCAGUCAGUGCUCUUACUGCUCUGCUCGACAGCCUUGCAAACAAUAUGCUUGUGGUACCGACACAUGAGCAGGUAAACGACCCGACAAUGGACAUUCAAAAGGCUCCUCUUUUUCAAAGUCUUUCGGCACUGGCGGACUCUUGUUGCAUCAAGACUGCUCGUAUUAAGUUGACCCUGGUAGCAGAUGACGCCGUUGAUGCACCAGCCUCCUCUCUCAGCCUGUCUGCCGAGAGCUUCGACCUUGAUGCUACGCUCCAGGGAACUGCACAGUGGAGUACCGCAUCGCUCACUGCCAGCCUGAAGUGGCUUGACAUCUGCUGGGAUAAAUCGGCAUCCCCAUCAUCUUCGUCGAAUUUUGCUUUUAAAUUCCUUUCGAGUCCCUGCAGUGUCAACUGCGUGCUGUCUGCCUCCUCAGAGCCCGCCUGCAGCACCAACACAGCAAGUCUUCUGAAAGUUCAUCUGACUCCAGGACCGCGGUUUAUG